AUGCCGCUAGCUCGUGGUGGUGUUUCGGUGGAAGCAGAAGCAGAAGGUGAGGGUCGGCGCGUGAUGGCAAAAGGAACACCAGCAUACCCCAACAUUGUUUUGUACCGGCAAGGAGAGGCCAGGCUGAAGUGUACAGAGGCAGCCAAGUCUGUGUCAGAGGCCCCCAGCACCGUUGUUGACCCUACAUGGCUGGAUCCCAAGACAGCAGAGGCGAUGGCCAAGAGAUCCGGGGGUGAGCUGUGGAAAGGUCAGCUGGUCAUUGUGUUCGGGAAGUACGCCGGUCAAACGUUCAGGUGGCUUCUAGAAAACGAUGUCGGCUGGCUGGUGUGGUUGCUGUUCCAGUACUGCCAGCAGGGAGAGCAGAACGAGCUGCUGAAGUGGCAGAAGGAGCGACUGCUCGAGUACGCCAAAGAGUUCCCUCCUGUCACAUGGCACCUUGAGAGGAGGUUGAAGAAAGUGCAAUCGAAGCCCGACCUCUCUCAGCAGGACCCCAACUACGCCAGCGAUGCCGAGUUGUUGACUGCUGCAGAGAGUGUCCUGGACAGGUCCGAGGCAUCGGUCAGCACGCAGCUGACCACCUGGGGAGACCUCGCCAGCUCUGUGUGCCAGGACGACAGGCCCGGACCCUUGUCCCUCCGAGAGACCUCGGAACCCAAUGGCGUCGUGCUGGAGGGCUGGCAGAAGUUCUGGGAGCAGCCGUCCGGAUUUCCGCCCAAGCCCUUGGUAUAG